CCAAUUUUCUGAGCCCACCCACCAGACUCGAUCGAUGCUCAAUCGAAAGUCCGCUGUGAAAUGAAACUGUGAGGAUGUACGCAAGCUUUUGAAGGUUCAGCUGGAGACGAUUCGGUUGGGGCGGAUGGUGGGUUCUGAUCACUGAGCACGAACUGAUGCAUGCGGUUUAUUAUAGUGCUGUGAUUGGGGUAGCGCACAAAUGCGGGCGAGUAAGAAAUCGAAGCCAUCUGGAUUCCGGUGCUGGUGUGAGAGAGUUAGGGCAGAGAGGGAGUCAUGCAGAGUCCGGGUGGUGGAGUAGCCAGGCUGUGGCGACCAGCAGCGCAAAGGCAUGUGCGUAAUGCAUGGGCUGUAAUGCACUCGGAGCGCGCAGCGUGGGCCAGUGCUUCAUCAGCCUCGUUUCAGGCUGCUACUGCGCUUGUUAACCUCGCUCUGUCUCGCCGGUUUCUUUCGACGAUGGACCUGGGCGUACUGCAAAAUAUGGGGGCUAUCUGUCAAAAGGCCAGUGCCAAGAUGGGGCUCCAACAGGAGAGAUACUUAGCACAGCUGCUCUCAAAACUUGAAUCUCAGAUCCAAGCUUUAAGUAAUAUGCUCCAGGCAAGCAAAUCAAUGAGAGCUUACCGAUCAGAAGAUGGGCCUCUAAUAAUGUAUUCUAAUGAGCCUUCUGUUGAAGGUGAUGCGGGUGACGGAGCUGGGGCACCUGUCUUUUCUACUCUUCCCCUUUCUGUCUUUGAAAAGCUGGCAGAGGAGAUGGUAGCUAUGUAUGAGACUGAACUCAAAUUAAAGUUGCUUUUAUGGUUAGAGUUUAGAGCACUCGUAUAUCCCGAUGCCGAACCUGUCCUAAAUUUUGAAAAUAACGAAGGCUGUGACCAGUUCAAAAUUUUUAGUGGAGUGACAAUUUUUUCCGGCCUACGUCACCUUUCAGCGAAGUCCGAAUUCAUCAAUCUUGAUUGGAAUCAACUGAGAGACAACUUGAAGUUGAGAUCCAAGGAGGAAGUACCACGGGAAACAUAUCAGGUGUAUUUGACAGCCCUUUUGGUUGAAGUCAACAUUGACAAGCAGCGAAUUGAAGAGAUCGCUGCAAUGGUCACGGAUGAAAUGACCGGGCGUCCCGCCAUGAGUCCAACUUGAGGGGUUGAGACGAAUGUUACACAAUGUACAUAGUAGUUCACAUACAAAUUCAUGAAAAACACAUACUCAAUAAGAAGGAACCCUCUCCAGUGAUAGUCUAGACUGUAAUCAUGCAGAUUUUGUUUUGCAACUCUCGAUUUAUCCACUCUCCUGACUGAUUAGGUUUUAGCAUGCUGCACCGAGCCUAGAGUUUGCACCUUCAAAUUUAACAUUGUGGAGAGUACCCUAUGAAUCAACCAACACAUCAUGUGUACUCUUUAUCAGUGUAAAGAUUAUUUAAGCUCAUAUUUGUUGGUAUUUCGCCCCUUA